AUGGAAGAAAGCUUAUCGGAUAGGUACUUCAGCUUUCGGAGCAGCUUAAAGCAGCGAAACACGUCUCAGAGGUUUCUCGAGUGGAUCCUGAACUACCCCCUGUUUAACGAAAUCCGAAAUAGCAAUCUGUCUAACCGCUUCAGCAGCCUCUGCGUAAACGAAGGGGAAAUUUUUUACCCGAAGCAAACACCUGUAGAAGUGAAAAGGAGAAGAUCGAAGAAGAAGGACUCGAGCGUGUCCAUAAACGAACCCAACGAACUGACCACGAAUUUGAUUAAAAAUGGAAUAAGGCAAAAAGAUUACAGCCUCAUAGUGAAGAACAAGUUUUACGCGAAGAUAAUUAAAAGGAGCGAAAAGAUUUACAAAACAUACAACGAUGAUAUUAAGGACGAAAGAAAGAAAAAGAGAAUAUUUGAAAAAGUUAAGGAAAAAUAUUUUAAAAAAAGAGAAAACAGCGGAAUGUAUAUUCCACCUGUAAUUCCUGUGAAUUAUUCUGCAAGGAAAAAAAAAAAAAAAAUUUUGGACGAACAAUUUAAUCCUUUUUUUACCUUUUUCGAAAGGGAUAUUAACAAAAAUGUGUACCACGAUAGUGUCAAUUUUUCUCUAAAGACAAACAUUCACCUUAAUCGGUACUUUUACAAAGUAAUAACAAAUCAGCUGUGCUACUACCGAAUUAAGAAUGAUUUAUACGUUCCCAUCGUAAAUAUGUUGAAUGAGAUUUCGAAAUAUUAUCACAGUUAUGACUACGACAUUUUGACAAACGUGAAGGUAAAGUACUUCCCCUAUAAGAGCUUCUCAAAGAGCUUCUACAUCAACGGGUUGGUUUUUAGCAACUGCUCUAUAUACUUCGACGAUGUGGAGAUAAAAAACCCAAAAAUAUUACUCCUGGACGCGGAAAAAAAAAGCAACUACGAAGUCCUGGAACAGUCCUACAACAACAAGUACAAUUACACUUAUUUCAUUUUGAAAAAAUUGAGCAACCGAAAUUUGAACAUUAUUUUAAUCCACGGGGAAAUAGACUUUUACACGAAGAAGUUGCUAAUGAGUAAGAAAAUAUAUUUUUUUACCAGCAUUAAGAAGAAAAAUUUAUGGCGCUUGUCCAACAUGCUACGCACGAAGGUUUUAAGUUAUGACGACUUUGUAAACUUUGACCAUAACAGUUAUGUUGUUAAGGCAAAUUAUUUCAAAAUUGAAAAGUAUAGAAAAAAUGUGAAGAAUAUUUUUCUCUGUUGCAGCGGCAAUUUUUUGACCAUCUGCGUAUUUGGGAGGAAGGAAAUACGGCACGAUGCUGAACAGCAGGUGGGAUGUACGCCAGCAAAUAGCACGUCCAAAGAUAUUGGUGUCACCUUUUCCAACUUGGACAACCCAAGUGAGAGACGCGCACCGAAGGACGGAAUGAAACCUUCGGGGGAAGAUCUGUUCUACACACUGCUUAAGAAAGAAACGAAGAAACAAAACAUACUAGAGAAUUUCCUCCAGGUGUAUUACAAAAAUAAGAGUGAUGAUUAUAUUGUGGAUUAUUUUUUCCAAAAUAAGGAGAAGAAAAUAAGUCUAUUAGAUAGGGAAAGACGUGGAAACAAGAAAGAGGCACUAAUCGAUCAUAUAAAAAAUGUAAUUAUAAUUAAAAAGGUUAAAAAGUUGCUAAAGUUUUCUCUCUUCUUGACCUUCCACGUGUAUAAACAGCUAUAUUUGAAUAACUACAUGGGAAGAAUGCUACAGAGCAUGCCAACAGGAAGUAUACACACAAAUGCGAUUUGUGACAAUUUUUACAAGAAACUGAGUCAGUCCAUCCUGUCGUCUUCCAUUUUUUUUUUCUACAAUGAUACAAAGAGGAAGAUAAAAAAGACACCAAUAAAUUUUAUGUCGAAUUUGUUCCACUUAGUAAAUGUUAAUAACCCGCUGACAAAAGAACGGAUGAAAAUUCUGCACAUGUUGGUAAAGACAAAUAAAAUUAUUAAGGACCAAAUAUACAACAAUUAUGAACAUUGCUUCUUGAAUGCUGGAAAGAAUAAAAUAAUCGACGUAGUGAACUAUUUUUUUUUUAACAAUUUUAUGAAAAACUGGGAAAGCAAUUAUAACUAUAUGUAUUAUUAUUUGAAAAUUAUUAACAGCUCCUAUUUGUACUUCAAUUGGAAGAAUAUAAUCACAAAUGAGGAAGAUUUUUUGAACGACGCAAAUUUAUUGUCUCAUCCUGUAUUUUUUAACGACGAAAUUGUGAUGGAGAAAAAGGUGAAUGAAAAGGCCGAAAAUAUUAUUGCCCAGAAUAUCCUUUUCUAUUGCUACCACUUGGAAGCAGCCAAAAACAUAGAAAUGAUAACUUAUUUUAUCUGCCCCAAUUAUAUGUUCAUUAAUAAUUUGUACAACUGUGUGAACAUGUACCUGUUUGACAGCCAGAACCACAGCGUGAAGAAACACUUCUACAACUUUUUCUUUAACCACAAGUACAUAUACGACGUAUCUUUAAGGCAAUUCGUUUGCGUCAUCCAGGAGCUGGCCUACAGUUUGAAUUGCCCCUUCGACGCGUGCGGGAAUCAACUUGGCCACCACCAAAUAUGCAUCCAAAUAUUCCUGAAGAGAGUCCUAAUAACAUUUAAGAAGGAAAGCAACAAUCUAGAAGAGGAUGAAGUAAUCAUGAAAAUCAUCUGCAACAAGUGUGACUUGCUCCAGGAGAGAGUCCUAAGCACCAACUUUUCCCUCAGCGAAUUUCUUCUAAGCAUUGUACACUCGGAUAGCUACGUGAACAUUCUAUGCAACCACAAUGGGAAAAACAAUACCUACGAGUUGAGUUACAAAGAUUUCAAGGUUUGCAUCCUCCUGCAUGAUAACGACAUUUACAAAAGUAUCAAAGUGCAUACAAAUGGCCUAAAAGGGGCUAGCAAAGGGGUGCAUUCGCCAAGUAGAAGCAGCGAAGGUACCAGUGCACACUUCUGUUCACACAGGAGGGGGCACAAAAACAGUGAAAGAAUCUGCAACACGGAACGAAGAGUAAGAAGCUACAUCAAGAGGAACAUACAAAACGUCAUUCGCAGUAGCGUCUUUUACUACUACCCCUGCAAAUGCGUAACGAGAAAGAAUAAGUACCAAUUUGAAGGAAAAAUAAAGACAAAAGAACAAGUGUACACAAAUUUUAACCUCUACAAUAUUAUAGAAAAUUUCCCCUUUUUCACCAGCUCGAUGCUCCCCAUGUACUGCUCACUAAAGUAUUUAAUCUACAACUGCGUAAUACAAUACUAUAGGUCUAAAAAUAGACACCUUUAUGGAAAGCCGUCCUCAAAGAAGAGGAAGAAGGAGAAGUUUAAGAACCCCGCUUCUCCCCUAUACUUUACAAAUAAGUGUAAAAAAUGUAAACACAUAAAAAUUGCCAACUUUUGUGCACUAGGAUUUUUCAAUGUCCUAUUCAUAAUUAAGAGGAUUUUCUUUAACUUCUACAUCGCUGUGAAUUUUCUCAUCGGUCUGAUCAGUAAAAAUAUUUUUAUUAAGGUGAACGAAAUUGUGUACUGCGUGAAUAACACGGCAUACUUCAUAGAGGAUAAUUUUUUGAUUAUAAAGGGGGAGAUGGAAAGCGGCAGGGAGGACGAGCGGGGUCCACAAUUAGAUGAGCACAAAAUUGAGGAACCAACCAAGAACGGUUAUGGAGAUAAGGAACCGCUUAUCAGGCAAAAAGACGAUCUGUUGAAUAGUGUGGUGAACCAACUGAUGUGCGGGGGUGAGAUGGAGGGUACACAAGAAGGGAGCAUACAUGUCCCUGCACACACCAUGCGUUCAUCGCAUGACCCAAAUAGGGAUGUUAAGCACAUCACGAAGGAGAUUACGCUAAACGAAAAACAAGUAUAUUCGAGCAAAGCAGAAAGGAUCGUCAACUGCAACUCGAAACAGACCACCAGCAAUCGCGCGUACAUCUUAAAAGAUAUCAACAGAAUAAAAGAAAAUUUAAUAAAACAGUUCCUCAUAUUUAGAAAGUUUAAAAACAAAAUGGUGCACAUUAGAAAACACCUAACAAGAUUGUUCAGGCGUUUUUACACCUACGCCAUUGUGCAUUUGAUGGAGAAGGAAUUCUCGUUGGACAUAGAAAUGUUUUUCUCCCUGUAUAUUAUGAGAUUAGAAAAAAUUAAUUUAAGAAUAAAGGGGGAUAUGGAAAGGAUGACCAAGUUGGCCAAUAAUAGAAAAUUGCAGUACUUGCGUUACGUCACGCGGGGCGCCUGGGACGGUUUGCGUGUGAGGAGGCAAGUGAAGAAGAGUUUCAAGAAAACGAUAGAGGAUACAAAGGGAAACGCGAAGAACAGCGAACAAACCUGCUUCAUGAAUCCCCUGUCUUUGCCGCCCAAUAGCCACCGUAGUGCCCAACGCGGACUGAACAAAGUGCAGCUCAUGAGAAGGUGGAGGAGAUCCAAAAAGAAGUAUGCCCUGGUAAACGACAUGAACAGUAGGAAAAGAAGGAUGAGCGAAGUGUCCAAUUUGGAGAAUCCCCAAAGUGUGAAUGAAGACAAGUCGGAGCUAAGCAACUACUUCCACUUCGUGCGGGAGUAUGACGUACAGAAAUUAUACACGAAGGAGUCCUACUACAUUUAUAAUAUCGAGAAUUAUAGGAAGAGGAAAUAUUUAGACGACUUGAAUAAGGAUGAAUACCAACAUUCGAACAAGAAGCUCUUUUAUUUGCACAUAUCUAAAAUAGUCCACUCGGUAAGGGGUGAUAAAAGCAGCAGAAAGGAAACGCGUGGUACAGAAAAGGAACAAAAAACAAGUGCCGUCUUUUUGUUAAAUCCGAGUGACACGUCGAAUUCGAUCUUCCACGCGCUCAUAUCGGAUGAGUACAAGUUGAAGUUGUCUCAAAUUUACGACAAAGAGAGGGAAGCCCUGCGGGCGAAGAAGAAACAACACGCGCUGGAAAAACAAAUUAACGAAGCGAAGAAUGAAAUAGCCUUACUGUGGAGGGAGUUCAAACCAAGUGGGAGAAAAGAAAAGGUCACACAGAAGAGACCGUUUUGUGGAAAGAAAAAAUCGCAAAAGGGAAAACAUUCCGCCGUUGCACAGCAUGAGGAGAUAAAAAAAUAUUUAAAGAAAAACAUAAGAAGGAUGACAAACCAGAACCUAACGAAUGGCAUGAUAAACCAACUUUUGAAUUGCAAAAAUGAUGAUGUUAUCGUUGUUCCUAUAAAUGAAAACAUUUCCGUGUACAUAUAUUUCCCGCUACAGUUUUAUUACUUGAGGAAAUUUCUGUGCAAAAGGGAAACAACAUUUUUAAGGUCACUCAUAAAAAGCAACUGCAUCAACUUUGACCAUAAAAAAAGACACUUUGUAAAAACGUACGACGAUAAGUACAUCAUCAAGGAGAUAAAUAAAUACGAAUUUAAAUCUUUCAUUACGAGAUAUAAAGAAUUUUUUCAACAUUUUUCGGACAUAUUUUUGCAAGGAAAAAAAUCACUCUUAUGCUUCAUGUUUGGACUGUACCAAAUAGAAGUUAAGAAGAGGAGAAGGAAAACUGUUAAAGCGUACAUCAUUUUGGAAAAUGUAAAAAUCGAAAAUAAAAACUCGAAAAUUUUAAUUUUUGAUAUUAAAGGGGCAAGGAAAAAAAAAAAUUUACAAAAACUGAUCAAGCAGAAUAAGAAGAGCUCCUCCUUUUUCGAACGAAAUGAUGCCUUCUCGUACAACUCCAGCAAAACGACGGAGGAUAAGGACAUGUCGGAUGAUAAUUCCUCCGGCAUAUUGGAAAAUUUGGCCCACUUUACCAGAUACAUUCGCAGGGAAAAGAAGAUUAACUUUAAGGCCUCAGCGGUGUCUCCCUCGCGGGGGGGUGAUCGGACAAACCAACGGAUAAAUCAACGAACGAACGGACUAACAAACGAACGGACGAAUACGUUUUAUAGCAAAACGGAGUACUUGCAGGAGUUCUCCGCGGAAGGGGCGAAAGAAGGAGAAAACAAUUCCAAACAGGAUGGUGCACACCACGUGGGAGGUCUUCAAAAUGGUGUGGAAGUUUCCGUAACCAAUGGAGAAGGUGAAAGAAGGCGCAAUCUCGUAACCCGUGGCAGCAAAGAGGGAGCAGGGAAUAAGAAACGUAGAACGCGAAACGGAGUAAGCAAUCAAAGUAACGAAGAAAGGGUGAGGCAGGUGUAUACAAAGGUUAGGAAAAAAAUGCUAUGUGGAUUGUUGCGGCAAGGUUUGGUUGAACAGGGUAAGAAGAUCCAUAUAAAAAGUAGACUGAGAAAAAAUUCCUCACAAAUCGGUGGGGAGAAAAAAGGUGAUCACAAAAAUUGGCGCGUCUUCAUAAAUGACAUAGUACAUCAUACGAGAAUGUUCCUAUCUUUGAAUAGAAAAAUGAUGAAACUACGAAAGAGGAAAAAUAGGCAAAGGUUGAAAUGCACCAAAAGGUUCAGAAGCAAAUUUUUGUGUAACACCAAGGCGUCACUGCAUUUUUUGGCCAGAAAAAAGGAGUGCAUUUUGAAUAGAGAUAAUUUGAGCAAGCACAAGUUAAGAGGAGAAGUGGUAUCCGCUAUCCAGGGUACCCCCGCACGGGAAGGAAGUUACAGCUUCCUACAAAAAGAAUUGUCAGAUAGUAAAAAUAUGGAGAGCCUAAAUUCGAUGGAAAAAUAUAACAACUUCAUGAUGGAUAAUUAUAAUUGCUUGAAAAAUUAUACUGUCCUAUUUGAUGACAAUUUUAAAGACUUCAUAAAAUCGAAGGUGAUAAAUUUGGACUACUGUGAUUAUAAGGAUCUGAUGGAUUCGUUAAGAGAAGAUACAGACUUCCUUUCCGGGCAGGAUAUCAUGGACUACUCCCUUCUUAUACACAUAGACUUGGCAAAUUUUGUGAUCAUUUUUAAAAUUAUUGAUUAUUUAAGACCAUACACUUGGGACAAAUCGGUGGAAAAUUUCAGCAAAAGUGUGUUAUAUUUGACCAAGGGAUACAGACCAACUAUUAUACACUCCGAAUAUUAUAAAAAGAGAUUCCUAAGUAACAUUAAAAAGUACAUUUUUUAUUACCUUCCAGUUUAUGCUCUUAAAAAACAAAUUGUCUUUAAAAUCGCAGAGAGGAAGGGCUCCUUUCCUGUAUUCACCCUAAGUAGAAGGCACCCUUUCAAAGUCUAUUUUUUUCACCAACUUUUUAAUUUAAUAAUAAGGUACUAUAAUAAUUACUACAUUUAUAUGAAAUAUUUUAAUGUUCAUCAGGCGUCCUUACGUAAGUACUCAUUUGUGAAUAUUUUCUCGAGCCAAAAUUUGCUUACUUUUUUAAGCUACUAUCAAAAGGAAUGUUACUUACAAAGAUUAGAGGAAAAGAAAAGAGAAAAUGCCCAACUGUGUGACGAUUUUUACCUGCCAAGUGUACUGUAUGAGGAUGAUUUUUCAACACCGGACAAUUUUUCAAACCCUAUGAAGAGCGAAAUUGCACUACGUAAUGGAAAUUUAAAUAGAGAAAUAAUGUCGCUCUAUUUUGAUAGCAACAUAGUGAAUAGCAAUUCGUCUUAUCUGAACGGAGAAAUGUCCACUACAAGAAUCAGAGAGGAUAACGCUUAUCUGUAUAGCCUCGUUUUUCCGUACUGUACUUGGGAUCAUCGUGGCGACCCCCGUAAUGGCAGUGCUGCCACAUGGAGGGGCGUUGCAAGCGACCAGACGAGUAAUACCAAAUGCGACGCACGCUGCGGCGAUAAUGGUGUGGACAUUCCUUCCAUCCGCGAAGGGAACAAUCCUGCGAAAGAGAACGGAGAGGAAACCCAUGGGCAGGCAGAGCACCCCGCCGACGGUGUGACGAACAUGUCGAACUUCUUCACCCAUAGUAACCCCUUCGACGAACGGGAGUACGAAAAGUUGAAAAAACAAUUUUAUAAAAAAAUUUCCCACUUUCAAAUGAAAAUUUUGAAAAAGUUGCAAAAAAGUAAUUUUAAAAUAGAAGGCAUUUCUCAGCUAGUCCAGAACAACGUGUACAUACACAUGACUGACACGAAUAUGCAUUACACGAACAUGAACUAUCUGGAUGUUUUUAACAUUUAUAACAUAUGUGAGAAGGAUUUCCGUUCGGGAAGCAAGCGGUCCAAAUGCCGGAAAAGGGAAGACACCCUUUUGUACGUUCCGUCCUACUUUCUCUUCGCGCUGAACAAGAACUGA